AUGAAGCGCAAUGUUUACGGCCGUGUCCUCUCGAGCCAGUCCCUGCAAAGGUUCGAGCCGAAGAUGAGGUCCGAGGUCGAUAUCUUUCUCCAAAAGCUCGUCCAGGCUGCCGAGGCUGGCCCGGUGAACAUGACGCCCCUGUGUGAACGGCUUGCCAGCGACAUUGCCGUUCAGCUCGGCUUUGGAGUCGACCUUGCGUCGCAAACUGAGUCGGAGAACAGGGUUCUUAUUGACAUAUUCCUGCACAUGAACACGAUCCACAGUGUGUACAUGGCAUGGCCCGCCAUUCGAACCUUGAAUCGGAUUGUCAUGCUCUUCAAUAUGCCCAAGCUUCUCGCGGCAAAGAGGCUCCUCAAGAACAUCAUCGACAGGCGGGCUGCCAUUAAAGAGAAUCUGGAAAGGCACGAUUUCUGGGCCGUUGCAUCGAGAAGCCAUCACGAGUCCGAUUCAGCACCAUUUAAAUCGAUCGAAAAGAGCCAAACAACCUCUUGCGCCCUGAGCGCUGCCUUCUUCUACCUAUCUCGCUACCCUCUUGUCUACGCACGCCUUGCUGCCGAAGUCCGCGAGGCCUUCUCAGACGAGUCCCUCAUACGGGGUGGGCCGCAGCUCCUCGGUUGCAAGUACCUGCGUGCUGUCAUCGAUGAGACGCUCCGCAUGUCGCCACCUACAACGGUGAUGCCCUGGCGCGAAGUGGACCGCCAACUCUCACUCAAAGAGCCCUGUGUGAUCGACGGACACGUUGUUCCUGGCGGGACACUAGUGGCGAUCAGCGCGUACUGCAUUAUGCACAACGAGGCAUACUUCCCAGAGCCGUUCGCCUUCCGGCCUGAGCGCUGGCUCGACGAUACCGAUCCUGAUAGACUAGCGAGAAUGGUGGAGGCUUUCAUUCCCUUUUCGUUCGGUGAAACCGCGUGCCUGGGAAAAACGAUGGCUUACAUGGAAAUGAGCUUGGUCCUGGCGAAGACGCUUUGGCAUUUUGACUUCAAGCAGGCGCCUGGGGAAUCAGGAAAGCUCGGCGGUGGUGGCCCAGGGGGGUGGGACGGUGACCUGCGCGAUCGCGUGGACGAGUUUCAGCUGUAUGAUGCUUUUGUAGGCGAGCACAACGGACCUAGUCUAACUUUGUUCCCCAGGGAGGGGCUCUAG